AAAGAGUAUGUAAUCACUACUAUAUCAGUACGUUAUAAAUUAUAAUACAUUAGAAUAACGGGUGCCAGGUUGGUCGGAAUAGUUUUGUGUUUUCAAAGCAUUUUCAAAGGUUUUGAUUAUUUAAUUAACAUGGAUAACAAUUAUUACAGUGGGUUAAACAAAAUGCUGGGGUUUCUUUUAGAAGAAUGGAAGCUGUUACUAUUUUUCAGUUUGAUAUUUUUCGUUUAUUUUCAUUAUACAAAUACGUUUGAUUAUUUUGAGAAACGUAGAAUAAAAUAUUUGAAGCCUACAAUUUUUUUUGGGAACAUUUUGGUGCGAUUAAUUGGUAAAAAGUCUUUUAUCAUGUUCCAAUUAGAUACUUACAAAUAUUUUAAAGGAGAACCAUUUGGAGGUAUCUUUGAAGGGAGAAGGCCAGUUUUGUACAUCCUUGACUCUGACCUAAUAAAAGCAGUUACGAUUCGUGACUCUGACCAUUUUAUUGAUAGGGCUAUCCUUCCAACCAAUGAACCCAAAUACAUCAAUAGGUCUAUUCUACACUUAAGGGGCUCAGAAUGGAAAGCAGUACGCAGUUUGGUGACACCAGCGUUCAGUUCAGCUCGCCUAAAAAAUAUGUUUCCAUUAAUUCAGGAAUGUACAAACCAAUUAGUUAAUUUCUUAGACAAAUAUAAUAAUUCUGAUGUUGAGAUAAAAGAUAUGAUGGUCCACCUGACAUUGGAAAUCACAGGUGUCUGUGCAUUUGGUAUCAGCACUGAUAGCCUCAAAGAUGAGAAUGCUGAAUUCAAAAAGAUUGCGAUGGACUUCAAUAAGAUGUCUGUAUCCAAAAGGCUGUUGCUGUUUUCAAUUUUGUUAUUUGCUCCUUCCCUGUUGAAAUAUAUUAAUAUAUCGUUUUUCAAUUAUGAAGCAAAUAAAAAACUCGCAUCAAUAUUGCGGAAGACCAGAUCUGAAAGGGUAUCAACUGGAACUAGAAGAAAUGAUUUUCUUCAACUUUUAAUUGAUGCUUCUGUAACAGAAAAAGAAGAUGUCGCCAACACCAAAAAUGAAAGACAUUUGGACGACGACACGGUAGAUGCGCAAGCGUUGAUCUUUCUCAUAGCUGGUUUCGAGACGACAAGCACGUUACUGUCUUUCGCUAUAUACCAGAUGGCUAUACAACCGGAAAUUCAAAAUAAAUUAAGAGACCACAUAGAGGAGAUUACGAAGGGGGAGGAUUUUUGCUAUGAUCAUCUUGUACAGCUGGAUUAUCUUGAUGCGUUUGUAACAGAGACUCUUCGGAUGUACCCCCCUGUGGCUAGAAUCGAUAGAAAAUGUACGAAACCAUACACUUUGCCUGGUACAUCUGUACACCUUAAAGAAGGAGAUUUCGUCGCAAUACCAGCGUACGGCAUUCACAUGGACCCCGAUAUAUACCAUGAACCGGAAAAAUUCAAGCCGGAAAGAUUUUUGCGUGAGGGGAAAAAUGACAUACCCUCCCAUUUGUUUUUGGCGUUUGGCGCUGGUCCUAGGAACUGUAUUGGUGCCCGAUUCGCUAUGGUCAUCGUUAAAGCGACGAUCGUCACACUUGUACGAAACUAUAAAUUUUCUAUGUGCUCCAAAACUGAAGUACCUAUAAAAUUCAAUAGAAAAGCGUUUUUGCUGACAGCAGAGAGUGGAGUUUGGGUGCGCGUUGAGAGGAUUUGAUUAAUGAGAUUAGUGAUAAGUACUCUCAUUAAUUUAUCUCAUUAAAACUAUAUUUUUAAACUUUUACAAAAAUAAACAGAAAUAACAAAAAAUAAAAUAACAGAAACGAUAGAUAAAUAAAACAUCAGAAACAAUAGAAAACUAUGAGAUUAUUAUUAUUAGGUAAGUAUAUUGUUGCUUUGAGAGUAUUUUUUAAAGUUGCUAUAGGAAUUGUGUAAGCUUUUUUAUGUGAUAGAAGUGCCAGUAAAUACUAUGCAAGCAAAAUAACAUGAGUCCUGAAUUUCCCGCUCGCUUCACUUUGUUGUACGGUCCUCCCAACAUGCAUCAGUAGCAUGCUGCGAACAACGUAUUUUUUUUUUUCAAGCAGCUUUCAGUAGUUUAAACAUUUUGUGGUAAGGCUUAAUAACUUUGCCAAACAUGUUAUGUAAUUCGCGUUACGUAACGUUAAUUUUCAAUGUGAUACCUUCCUAACGAACGAACGUACGUUUAUUUAACGUUACAAGAUCAGUAUUAUUGUAUCUCACUUUAAUUUAAAGCCUGGUGUACCUAAUAUUUUGUGCUCGGUAUUGUAUGUGAUGGGACAUCUCUCGUCCAGGUCUCAUGUUAUCGUGCAAUGUGUAGAUGUUAUUUCUUUAACAAGAAAUGUACAAACAUAUUUGUGAUUGAUAUGUACAAAUGAUCGAAUAAUUGUGAUCUUGCCGACAUUUAUAUAAUAUUUAUUAUAGGUGUAAGGGGUUUUUAAUUUAAUGGAAAGUUUAUUUACAGUAAUUUUACACUUUUAUUUACUGAGAAUAAAGUAAAACGAUACACUACA